CAGCCCUCCUCCCUCCUGGAGGGCACUCCUCCUCGGCUCUCCCCUCCGCCCCUUUCCCCGUAGGCAUCCCGCCCGCCCGCACUGCCGCCCUCCGGCCCCUGCACUCUGCUGGGUCUCUCCCCACCCCCAGGCUCCCCGGCUGCUCUCAUCAGGCGGUCGCCCGCGCUCGGUGGAUGUGGCUGGCAGCCGCCGCCCCCUCCCUCGCUCGCCGCCUGCUCUUCCUCGGCCCUCCGCCUCCUCCCCUCCUCCUUCUCCUCAGCCGCUCCUCUCGCCACCACCGCCGCCUCCACAGCCUGGGCCUCGCCGCGAUGCCGGAGAAGAGGCCCUUCGAGCGGCUGCCCGCCGAUGUGUCUCCUAUCAACUACAGCCUCUGCCUCAAGCCCGACUUGCUGGACUUCACCUUCGAGGGCAAGCUGGAGGCCGCCGCCCAGGUGAGGCAGGCAACCAAUCAGAUUGUGAUGAAUUGUGCUGAUAUUGACAUUAUUACAGCUUCAUAUGCACCAGAAGGAGAUGAAGAAAUACAUGCUACAGGAUUUAACUACCAGAAUGAAGAUGAAAAAGUCACCUUGUCAUUUCCUAGUACGCUCCAAACAGGUACAGGAACCUUAAAGAUAGAUUUUGUUGGCGAACUGAAUGACAAAAUGAAAGGUUUCUAUAGAAGUAAAUAUACUACCCCUACUGGAGAGGUACGCUAUGCUGCUGUAACACAGUUUGAGGCUACUGAUGCCCGGAGGGCUUUUCCUUGCUGGGAUGAGCCUGCCAUCAAAGCAACUUUUGACAUUUCACUGGUUGUUCCUAAAGACCGAGUGGCUUUAUCAAACAUGAAUGUAAUUGACCGGAAACCAUAUCCUGAUGAUGAAAAUUUAGUGGAAGUGAAGUUUGCCCGCACACCUGUUAUGUCUACAUAUCUGGUGGCAUUUGUUGUGGGUGAAUAUGACUUUGUAGAAACAAGGUCAAAAGAUGGUGUAUGUGUCCGUGUUUACACCCCUGUUGGCAAAGCAGAGCAAGGAAAAUUUGCGUUAGAGGUUGCUUCUAAAACCUUGCCUUUUUAUAAAGACUACUUCAAUGUUCCUUAUCCUCUACCUAAAAUUGAUCUCAUUGCUAUUGCUGACUUUGCAGCUGGUGCCAUGGAGAACUGGGGCCUUGUUACUUAUAGGGAGACUGCAUUACUUAUUGAUCCAAAAAAUUCCUGUUCUUCAUCACGCCAGUGGGUUGCUCGGGACAUGAAACAUGAACUCGCCCAUCAGUGGUUUGGAAAUCUUGUUACUAUGGAAUGGUGGACUCAUCUCUGGUUGAAUGAAGGCUUCGCAUCCUGGAUUGAGUAUCUGUGUGUAGAUCACUGCUUUCCAGAGUAUGAUAUCUGGACUCAGUUUGUUUCUGCAGAUUAUACCCGUGCCCAGGAACUUGACGCCUUAGAUAACAGCCAUCCUAUUGAAGUCAGUGUGGGCCAUCCAUCUGAGGUUGAUGAGAUAUUUGAUGCUAUAUCGUAUAGCAAAGGUGCAUCUGUUAUCCGAAUGCUACAUGACUACAUUGGUGAUAAGGACUUCAAGAAAGGAAUGAACAUGUAUCUAACCAAGUUCCAACAAAAGAAUGCAGCCACAGGUAAUCAUUGCAUUUUUUUUUCUUCCUCUCUGUUUUUGUGAUGCCUGAGAUAAAGC